CCCCCUUCCUAUCCUAGGCUUUGAGAGGAAACUGAAAGUGAAAUUAGUAGCAGGCUGAAAGUGAACCGACCCGCCAGCCCACUUGAGGACCCUGAGGCCCCUCAAGAGUCCACAGUGCUGCUUCACAGGACCGUCAUCCCUAUGGACUCAAAAAUGUCCCUGACAAAGUUGUGGGAGGAUGUCACCUGCUCUGUCUGUCUGGAUCCCAUGGUGGAGCCUAUGAGUAUUGAAUGUGGCCAUAGUUUUUGCAAGGAAUGCAUUUCUCAGGUUGGGAAAGAUGGGGGCAGUUCAUGCCCGGAGUGCCGGCAACAUUUUCUGCUCAGGAACCUCAGGCCCAAUCGGCACAUAGCCAACAUGGUGGAAAACCUUAGACACACAGCUCAGGAUGUCAAGAAGGGCACCCAGGAGGACCAGUGUGUGGUACAUGGACAGAAACUUCACCUGUUCUGUGAGGAAGAUGGGCAGGCCCUUUGCUGGGUGUGUACCCAAUCUGGGAAACACCGUGACCACACCAAGGUCCCUAUUGAAGAGGCUGCUCGGGUAUACCAGGAGAAGCUCCACAUGGCCUUAGGAAAACUGAGAAAGGGCCAGGAGUUGGCUGAGAAGUUGGAAGUGGAUCUUGCAAUGAAGAGAAUGGACUGGAAGAGGAAUGUCGAUACACUGAAAUCAAGGAUUCAUGCAGAGUUUAUGCAACAGAGUGUGUUGCUGGCCAAGGAAGAGCAGAGGCAGUUGCAGAAUCUGGAGAAGGACGAGAGAGAACACCUGAGAAUCCUGGGGGAGAAAGAGGCUGAGCUGGCCCAGAAGAUCCAGGCCCUGCAGGAGCUGAUCUCAGAGCUGGAGAGGAGGAGCCGCGGCUCGGCACUGGAACUACUGAAGGAGGUAAAAAUUGUCCUGGAAAGGAGUGAAUCCUGGAACCUGAACACACUGGACGUUGCCUCCCCGAAGCUGACAAAUGCCUGCCAUGUGCCAGGGCGGAAGAAGAUGCUGAAGACAUGUUGGGUACAUAUUACCCUGGAUGGUGACACAGCCAACCCUUGGCUCAUCAUCUCAAAGGAUCGGAGACAAGUGCACCUUGGAGACACCGCUCAGAACGUGCCCCAAAAUGACAAGAGAUUUGAUAAUUACCCCAUGGUGUUGGGUGCCCAGAGCUUUACCUCUGGAAAGCUUUACUGGGAGGUAGAUGUAACAGGAAAGGAAGCCUGGGACCUGGGGGUCUGUAGAAACUCUGUGCAGAGGAAGGGGCAAUUUUCACUCAGUCCUGAGAAUGGCUUCUGGGUAAUUUGGCUGUGGAAAAGUGAGAACUAUGAGGCUGGCACCUGUCCCCAGACCACCCUCCACCUUCUGGUGCCGCCAUGCCAAGUUGGGAUCUUUGUGGACUAUGAGGCUGGCGUUGUCUCCUUCUACAACAUCACAGACCAUGGCUCCCUCAUCUACACCUUCUCUGAGUGUGCCUUUGCUGGACCACUGCGGCCCUUCUUCGGUAUUGGUUUCAAUGAUGAUGGAGGAAAUUCAGGACCUCUAAAGCUCUGUGCACUAAAGAUGUGAUGAUCAGGAGCCAGUGACCACUGAAGGCUCUUUCUGGAUACUGUUACCACUCCUUGUCCUGAUGAUCAGGAGCCAGUGACCACUGAAGGCCCUUUCUGGAUACUGUUACCACUCCUUGUCCUGACGAUCAGGAGCCAGUGACCACUGAAGGCCCUUUCUGGAUACUGUUACCACCCCUGUUGGGGCCCCUCCCUCAGUCAUUCACCCUGCAUCUUGCUCAACAACUCGGGAUCACCACCACCCCCAACUCUACAGAGGGGACAGGAUCUCAGAAAGCAGGAAGGUGACUAAAAGUCAGUGUUAACUUCAACAUCAACACCCCUGACCUAGAUUCUUAAUGAUUCCCUCCAGUGAAGCAGACUUUCCACAUGUAGCCCAGACUCCUCUGACUCAGCCAAAACCAUGUUUCUGCCUCUUUUAUCUGACUUGUGUUCCUUUCUCUAUUUCUAGUCUAUUACCUUUGACCAGAUGUUUAUUCCUUUAUCUUCCAUGGCUUGCAUAAAGGGGUUCCUUUAAAAAUGUGUCUUGGUCUGUCUCAUUGAACCCAAAAUAUGCAUCUUUAACAUCGUACGUUUUGGUUUGAUUCAGUUAGCUUUUUGUUGCUGUUAUUGUUGCUGCUGCUGGGCUUUUCUCCCUUCCUGGAAGGUUCUACCCACUUAUUCAUCUGUAGACCCAGGUCAAGAAUAUCUUCCAGGGUGACAGAACCAGAGCUAGGCCAGGGUAGUAGAAAUGGAUCCAACUCGAGCUGAAUUUAACAGUGAAGGUAUACUUGACUUCAGUCACCAGUAGUAGCCUACCAUGGCAUGCCAACCUGAUCAGUGAGUCUCUGCAGUUGGAUCUCACAAAGAUGUGCUCAGGGGCUGCCUGUUGUCAGUUUAUAGAUAUGCUGAUCCCUGAUUCCAUCACCUUGAAGAAAAUGAAAUUCAUAGCAGAUCUAGAACACAAAUAUAUCCAGAACUUCAAAAAUACUACAAGAAUGUUUUAGGACGAAAGGUAUUCGCAAAAUAAUUCUAGUGGAUAAAUUAGUACAAGGUAUGUUUCAGGACAGUUUUUAACUCACUCGGUAGUUCAAGAAGUGUUUUGAUGCAUACUAUAAUGGAAGUGAUUAUGACACAGUAGCGGCCAAAGUCAAGACUUAGAGUUGCUCGUUCCCUUGUUGCUCCAGCAACAAAGGAAACCUCAUGCUCUAGCAGUGAAGCCACAUGGAAACCCAUUUCAGUGCAGAGAACUUGUGCAACCCCUAAAGUUGAUCUCAGAGUGAUGUGAAAGAAUCCUGGUGUGGGCAACAGAGAUGGGCAGCAGCCCAACUGAUGCAUCAGGUCAAAGUAUUGACGCUUACUGUCAAAGACUUUAAAAAUAGAGAGAGGUGUCUAUUGUAGAAAACUAGAGAACAUUGAGUUAAUUUGCUAGGAGAAUGAGGGGGAAGCAGGUCUGUAUUCUCUAUGCUAUAGAUAAAAGCUAUUCAGAGGUCUGUAUUCUCUAUGCUAUAGAUAAAAGCUUUGUGACUCCUGAUGAAGGGGGCCAAGGUGGAACAAGAAUAUCAACAGCCUGGACCGGGAGAACAGCAUCUGAAUGUCUUUACUCCAAGUCAUGUGCUUAACGGUAUAAUGUUCCCUUUUAUUAUUUAUUCUUGAGAGAGUCAUUAGUAAAUCUUUUCUCCAUAAGCAAAAAAAUAAUCUUAAAAGUAUAUUUUGCAGAAGUUUCCUUCCGGCUACCAAUAACUUCAGAGUAGAAGCUUUUACCUUGCAGCAGAGUAGUAUUAAUGUCUACUUAGGUCACCUAGGAAACAAAGAGGCUGACCGUGGGGCUCUCUUUGCUUGGUUUGCUGUUUGCUGGAAAAGCUGUUUUUGUGCACUGUACCAAGCUGGUGACAUCAGUAGAGAAAUGUAAACACUGAAUUGAAUUUUAAACUAAUGUGAAUCUUGGCAAAGAAUGUUUUGAUAAAUAAAUGCCUUAGAGUAUUUAAAAUAUGCUUCUGUAUUUUAAAAUAUAAAAUGAAAUCUGACAGAUUCC